GAACGCAGCUGGUGGAGCAGUUCAAAUGCCUGGAGCAGCAGUCGGAGUCGCGGCUGCAGCUGCUGCAGGACCUGCAGGAGUUCUUCCGCAGGAAGGCCGAGAUCGAGCUGGAGUACUCGCGCAGCCUGGAGAAGCUGGCCGAGCGCUUCUCCUCCAAGAUCCGCAGCUCCAGGGAGCACCAGUUCAAGAAAGAUCAGCACCUGCUGUCCCCUGUGAACUGCUGGUACCUGGUUCUGACGCAGACGCGUCGGGAGAGCCGAGACCACGCCACGCUGAACGACAUCUUCAUGAACAAUGUCAUCGUCCGGCUGUCCCAGAUCAGCGAGGAUGUCAUCAGGCUCUUCAAAAAGAGCAAGGAGAUUGGCCUCCAGAUGCACGAGGAGCUCCUGAAAGUCACCAAUGAGCUCUACACGGUGAUGAAGACCUACCACAUGUACCACGCAGAGAGCAUCAGCGCCGAGAGCAAGCUGAAGGAGGCAGAGAAGCAGGAGGAAAAGCAGUUCAACAAGUCGGGGGACAUCAGUGUGAACCUGCUGCGACACGAGGACCGGCCGCAGCGGCGCAGCUCCGUCAAGAAGAUUGAGAAGAUGAAGGAGAAGAGACAAGCCAAGUACUCUGAGAACAAGCUGAAGUGUACAAAAGCCAGGAACGACUACCUGCUGAACCUGGCAGCCACCAACGCGGCCGUCAGCAAGUACUACAUCCACGACGUGUCGGACCUCAUCGACUGCUGCGACCUGGGCUUCCACGCCAGCCUCGCUCGCACCUUCAGGACGUACCUGUCGGCAGAGUACAACCUGGAGACGUCGCGGCACGAGGGCCUGGACGUCAUCGAGAACGCCGUGGACAACCUGGACGCGCGCAGCGACAAGCACACCAUCAUGGACAUGUGCAACCAGGUCUUCUGCCCGCCGCUCAAGUUCGAGUUCCAGCCCCACAUGGGGGACGAGGUGUGCCAGGUGAGCGCCCAGCAGCCUGUGCAGACCGAGCUGCUGAUGCGGUACCACCAGCUGCAGUCUCGGCUGGCCACCCUCAAGAUAGAGAAUGAGGAGGUACGGAAAACGCUGGAUGCCACGAUGCAGACCUUGCAGGACAUGCUGACAGUGGAAGAUUUUGAUGUUUCAGAUGCCUUCCAGCACAGCCGCUCCACUGAGUCGGUCAAAUCAGCUGCAUCAGAGACCUACAUGAGCAAAAUCAACAUUGCCAAGAGGAGAGCCAACCAGCAGGAGACUGAAAUGUUCUAUUUCACUAAAUUUAAGGAGUAUCUGAAUGGCAGUAACCUCAUCACGAAGCUCCAGGCUAAACACGACCUGCUGAAGCAAACUCUGGGAGAAGGUGAAAGGGCUGAGUGUGGAACAACCAGGCCCCCCUGUCUUCCCCCUAAGCCACAGAAAAUGAGGAGACCUAGGCCUCUCUCAGUGUAUAAUCAUAAACUCUUUAACGGCAAUAUGGAAACAUUCAUUAAGGAUUCAGGACAGGCCAUUCCACUUGUUGUAGAAAGCUGCAUCCGCUACAUCAAUCUGUAUGGCCUCCAGCAACAGGGCAUCUUCAGAGUCCCUGGCUCCCAGGUGGAAGUCAACGACAUCAAGAACUCGUUUGAGAGAGGUGAAGACCCCCUCGCUGAUGACCAGAACGAACGAGACAUUAACUCGGUGGCUGGAGUCUUGAAGCUGUAUUUCCGAGGACUGGAAAACCCCCUCUUUCCUAAGGAAAGGUUUCAAGAUUUGAUAUCUACUAUAAAAAUUGAGAACCCUGCAGAGAGAGUGCACCAGAUCCAGCAGAUCAUUGUCACUCUGCCUCGGGCUGUCAUCGUGGUCAUGAGAUACCUCUUUGCUUUCCUUAACCACUUGUCACAGUACAGCGAUGAGAACAUGAUGGAUCCCUACAACCUGGCCAUCUGCUUCGGGCCCACGCUGAUGCACAUUCCUGACGGGCAGGAUCCGGUAUCCUGCCAGGCCCAUGUCAAUGAGGUCAUCAAAACCAUCAUCAUUCACCACGAGGGCAUCUUCCCCAGCCACCGAGAGCUGGAGGGGCCUGUCUACGAGAAGUGCAUGACCGGAGGGGAGGAGUACUGUGACAGCCCGCACAGCGAGCCGGGCACCAUCGAUGAGGUGGACCACGACAACGGGACAGAGCCGCACACCAGUGACGAUGAGGUGGAGCAGAUUGAAGCCAUAGCCAAGUUUGACUACAUUGGGCGAUCUCCACGGGAGCUCUCCUUCAAGAAAGGGGCCUCGCUCCUGCUGUACCACCGGGCGUCGGAAGACUGGUGGGAAGGGAGACACAACGGGGUGGACGGGCUCAUUCCCCACCAGUACAUCGUGGUGCAAGACAUGGAUGAUGCCUUCUCUGACAGCCUGAGCCAGAAGGCAGACAGCGAGGCGAGCAGCGGGCCGCUGCUGGACGAUAAAGCCUCCUCCAAGAACGACAUCCAGUCACCCACAGAUCACAUCUUGGACUAUGGCUUUGGGGGAGUCAUGGGCAGGGUGAGAUUGAGGUCUGACGGUGCCGCCAUCCCCCGGCGCCGCAGCGGGGGCGACACGCACAGCCCGCCCCGAGGGAUGGGGCCCGGCAUCGACACCCCUCCCCGCGCAGCAGCCUGCCCCAGCAGCCCCCACAAGAUCCCCCUCAACAGGGGCAGGAUCGAGAGCCCUGAGAAGCGCAGGAUGGCCACGUUCGGCAGCGCGGGCAGCAUCAACUUCCCAGACAGGAAGACCCUGGCUGAGAGCCACCCGCUGAGAUCCACCUGCGGGUCCACCCGGCACAGCAGCCUUGGAGAUCAGAAAUCCCUGGAAGCAGAAGCUCUUGCUGAGGUGUGUGUGUAUGUACAUAGGUGUGCACACACCCCAUCCAUGCAGAAACACUUCCCGAGCUUGCAGUCCUACAGCAGGAGGAGACGGCAGGUCUGAGUGUUGGCGCUGGAGAACACACUCGGUGUAGAAGCAUAUAUUAAAAACAAAGUGUACAGAAUUCAGUGACUUUUUAAAACAGUAGAUUUACCUCAGAAACUGGCUCUGAAAUGUCCUCUCUUGAGACAGUGGGUUGGUCUGGGUUUCCAAGGCUGUCUGUGUGCCCCUGGAAGCCCACGCUGCAGCAGCUGUGCGUCAAGCAAUACAAGGCCAUCCUGGAGUUUAUUUUCUGUACCUCUUGGCAUUGAAGGAAAAAAAAAAGGGAUGGGAAUGCAGUGGGGUCUGUUCACUGCUGGGCUGUGGAGAAGAGCUGGAAAUCCAUACAUGACCAUGUGUGACCAGCCAGCUGGAGUCUUUCCAGUCCUGAAUCCUGAGAUGUCUUCAUAUGCCCUUGAUGCCCUGGCAGCAGGGACAAGCAGGGUGUGUGCCAUGGAUGGGAAUGGAGUGAAGUGAGUGUCAUGAGUGAACAGAGUGAGGUGUGUGCCAUCACCCUCAUGCAGGAGGAGGAUGCUGUGCUGCACUGGGACUGUGGAACGCUGCUUCUCUGCAAGUUCUCAGAGUGAGCAAGGACUAGUGACCAAACCUGUGGUAAAGCAUGGAGUAACUCACAGAGUUUGGAGAUUCUUCAUCUCCCUUUCCCCAUGAGCUUUUUCCUUUUUUUUUUUUUUUUUUAAUAACAAAACCCAACUCAGUGGUCUCUUGAGAGUCAGGCCUGAGCAGCGAGGAGGGGUCUCAGGUCAGAGUGGUUGUCCUGCAUGAGAAGCAUGAGCCGUGUUUCACCACAUCAGAUACAAAACUGGUCUGAUGGGUGAUACUUUGCACUUUCUGUACUGUACCAUAUAAUACAACAGUUUGAGUUUAUGCAAAAGAAUCUACAUUUUGUUUUACCCAGAGAAAAAAUAUGCAGAAGGCUGGGGAUUGCAUGAUCCUGUGUGAUAAUCCAGACUCCUCUGUAAGCACUGAAUCAGAGAUGCUCCGUGCUUCUCCUGCAGCUUUUCCUUGUACAGAUUUCCAUGCAAUGCCCCAUGGUUUGAUUUGGCACUUCCCCAUGGUCAUGUGCUCAUGUCUCCUAACAUUCAUCCUUCCUCCCUGCUAUCUCUAAUCCUGCUGCUCUGUGCCUGGGCAAAGAGCCUGCCAGCCCUCCUGACUCACCCAGCAGCCACUUACCCUGCCUGGGGCUUUGCUUUGUCCCCCCUUCAUCUUCCUCAUCUCUCCAGCACUGCUGCGGACCCCAGCUCUGCAGGAGAACUAGCCUGGCUUCCAGAAGGCAGUGGAGGCGCUGACCAGGGUGGCAGAACCCGUGGCUCGUGUCUCCUCGGCUGGGGAGCUCCCAGGAGGAGACUGCCUGUACAUCCACCCCUGUACCUCUGUACCUGUGCUGUCCCAGCUGCAGCCCAUCUCUGCCCCUCCACAGCUGCACCCCUGUGCACCGGGCACAGGCCCUGGGACCGGCUGGUGCCCGUCCCCUGCCCCUCGCACGUGUCCCCUCACGCCCCGCUCUGCCAGCCCUGUAAAUAUUGCUGUACUUGCUUAACUGCUCGAAGGUAACUGUUAACAUGUAAACUGUACAAAAAUAGGCUAAAGUUAGAUAAAGCCGAUGCCACUCAACAAAUCUUUGCACUUAGUAGGUAGCUCAAUGUAAAAAUAAACCCAGUAAUAAUACUAGUAAUCCCGAAGGGAAGCGAAGCCGCCGGCACCCCUGGCAGAGCCCGUGGGGAGCAGCUCUGCCCAUGUCCCUCCCUGUCACGCUGGCAGGGCAGACGGUGUGUGUGCGUGUCUGUGAACGUCCUUGGCGUUUGGUUCACGUUGGUGUUUAUUUUCCAUCAUGCCCCUUUCCUGCACAGCCCUGGCACUGCCCGGCCUGGCACAGCGGCUGCAGAUGUUCAGCCAGGCUGGGCUGGUCAGGGACCUGUGCUGGGGAGGGAGGGACCCAUUUGGCACGAGUGCUGUGUAUCCAUUGCCAGUAAUUAUUACUUUUGUUUCCAUUUAGUUCCUGGAGAACAUUCACUUUGCCAGUUUUCUGUUUUUUGUAUGCUUUCUGAGAUGACUUGAGAGCAAACCCAUCUUCAUUAGGGGUUUUAUUUCCUCCCUUACUUUUGACCAUACGGUACAAAUUCCAGUGUCUUUCUAUUAAAUUAUUGCCUUUCAUUUUC